UGAACACAGAGCCAUGCAGACACUUCAAUGGACAAAGGUUAUUUAAACGUUGGCUCCCCUGUGGAUAUUAUACUUUGAUUAUUGCAUCCACUUCCGGUCUCUCCUAUUUAUGAAUCCAGUGUCUCUUGCUCAGCUUGACUAAAAUCCACCCUCUGAAACCACAACAAAUAUACGAACCACAACCCACCUCUAAAUCUGAGAAUCAGGAGUCAAAAUGGGCUGGAACAUCGACCUUUCCGCAAUAACGCCCGGACCAGGCGGCACUGUCAUGCUGGGCGAAGGCGGUAUCGAUGCUGCUGCAAGACGGUAUCGCGAGCGUGUUAGAAAGCAGCAGGAAGCGGAGGCACUGGCUAAGGCGAAGAAUGGAGAGACUCAGAAGGGCGAUGAUGCUGCGUCUGAGGUCACUUUGACACCGGAGGGAGAUGAAGAACUGAAGCGGAAUGAUCGGAAGGGGGAUGGCGUAGGUGAUGCGUCGUCAUCGGGGAAGAAGGCUGUUGCUGUGGAGGAGGAGACGGGGCAGGAAAAGGAACAGGGGAAGGAUAAGAAGAAGAAAGAGAAGAAAGGGUUGAGAGAGGCGUGGAGGGGAUUUCGAGGAGUUCGGUGAUUGUGUUCUGUUUUCCUACCAUCUUUAUAUUAUGUCUGGACGCAUGUUAU